CAAUGGAGUCCUGCAACGCCACCACAUUCCCCAAUGACCCCAACGAUACCACACCCAUAAUCAAUCUCUACAACCCUUCCAUCCUCCUCCAGCAGCUCAAAAUACCCCUCGCCUUCACUUGGCCGGCCGACGACCGUAUCGCAUCCGUCGGCCACCUCGAACUCCCCAUCAUUGAUCUUUCCCGGUUCUUCCGCGGCGACCCCGCCGCAAGACAGGCGGUGGAGCUCGUCGGAGCGGCGUGCCGGAACUACGGGUGCUUUCAGGUGAUAAAGCAUGGAGUUGAUGCUGAGGUCUAUGGGGCGGCCAUGAGAUGCAUAAAUGGACUGUUUGAUUUGCCGUUUGAGAGGAAGGGGGGAGUGGAAGGGUAUGCUGUGGGUCAUUCGGAACGUUUUUCCAUGAAGUUGCCAUGGAAGGAGACCUUUACGUUUGUUCAUGGUUUUAAGGGGGAGGAGCCUGGUGCGGUGGAGGGAUACUUUCAGUCGGCGGUGGGAACUGAUUUCAAGCAAACAGGGAAGAUCUACCAGCGCUACUGCGAAGAAAUGGAGGAGCUUUCACUGGCGAUAGCAGAGCUAAUUGGGAUGAGUCUCGCCGGCGACCGCGGGUGGUAUCGCGACUUCUUUCAGGACGGGAGCGCGCUCGCACGCUGCAAUUACUACCCAACAUGCAAGCAGGCGGAGCUCACGCUGGGGACGGGCCCGCACGCCGAUCCCAACGCUUUCACUAUCUUGCAGCAGGAUGAAGUCUACGGCCUCGAAGUCUUCACCGGCGGGCGGUGGUGCUCCGUUCGUCCCAUCGCCGGCGCUCUCACCAUCAUCAUUGGAGACACCUUUGAGGCGCUGAGUAACGGAGAGUACAGGAGCUGCGUCCAUCGGGCGGUGGUGAAUCCAUUCAAAGAGAGGAGAUCAAUCGCCUAUUUCGUCAGCCCGAGGAAUGAGAAGGUCAUCCGCCCACCGCCGGAGCUAAUUUCCGGCGACGGCGAUAGGAAAUACCCAGAUUUCACCUGGUUGCAGCUGCUGGAGUUCACUCAGAGUAGCCACCGCGCGGACGACAAAACGCUCCGCUGUUUCAUUGAUUAUCUCCGCGCCUCGCCGGCGGCCAACUGAUCAUCGACGGGAAGUCAUUUAAUAAGUAUCGCUGAUGAUAAUAAUGAGCGCGCACAACUGCGUAUGCUUCUCGGCUGGUCGAGAGUAUCUGAAUGUACGAGGGUGUGUAUUCGUGGUCUGUAUUAUGACGCCUGCAUAAAGUUGGAUUUUAUACUCUAA